AACCACAACCAAUCUAAAAAGCCAAUUAUAUAAUCUCCUUCUCUAAUUCAGUCAAAUUAUCAAAAUGUCUAUCUUUCGUGAAUACAUUGGUGUGAAGCCAUCCUCAAAAGUUUUACGUAAUUUUCCAACUGAAAUCAUCAACUCCGAUAUCAAUGAAUUUCACUUCAUUUUGGGCUUUGCCAGUGAGGAGUAUGACAACAGUAAUAAAGGAACCGGAGUUUUCAAGGAAAGUUGGAAUGUUGAUUACUUCGGUCCAGAUGAUGUGAGAACAAUGAAGGAAAAAUAUGCGAAUGUUAAGGUGGUAAUAAGCAUUGGAGGUCGUGACUCUAAAACUCCAUUCGAUCCUCUUACGGGCCUUGAAGAAUGGAGUAAGAAGGCUGUAGAAUCACUCAAAAGGAUCAUUGGAAAAUACAAGAGUUCAAGCGGCGACAACACAAUUGAUGGCAUUGACAUUAAUUAUCAGUAUAUCCACGGUUCUGAAUCUGACCGUCGUUUUGCCAACUACCUCGGAAGGGUCAUAACAGAGCUCAAAUAUAAUACUGAUCUACGUAUCAAUGUGGUGUCCAUUGCCCCAUCACCUAACAAUGAUACCCACUACCUCAAUUUGUAUUCGGCAAAUAAAGAUGACAUUAAUUGGGUUGACUACAAAUUCUACAACAACCCUUACGUUAUAUCCUCAUCUGAUGAAUUUGUAAACCUCUACAAUGAGGCAGAAAAGGCUUAUUGUCCUGAAAAAGUCCUUCCAGGACUUAGCACUGACCCUGCAGAUGAUAAGAUGUCGUGGGAGAUCUUCAUUGGUGGCUGCAAAUUGCUCAAGAAGAAAUCAAAACUCCCUGGUAUUUUUAUUUGGAAUGCUAACGACUCUGCAAUUCCUGUCCCUGGUGAGAACAAAGGUUUCCUCCUGGAGAUCUUAUUGCAACGCCUCCUUGUACAAACUAAUUAGUUGCUAGCUAUAUCUAUAUAUAGCCGGUAACUAAUAUUUGAUUUUAUGGGUCAAGUAUUGCAGACAAUAAUAUGGAGCUAUAUCAUACGUUUGAAUUAGCUCUAUAUGCUUUAGUCUUUUAAUAAGUUAAAUAAGACCCUAGUUUGGUUUUCUGUGUUCUAUUUCAUGUGUGUUUUGCUAUUAUGUUGUGAGUGUCGAGAUUUAUUUCUCUUGUAUCAAUAUAUGUACGUUUCUUAUAAAAGUUAAUAAUAAGAUGUGUUUGCUUUUAAUA